UGAUUCAUUCUAAAGUAUUAUAAUUUAUUAUUAAAUAUGUUCUCAAUUGUUUUCGGCUUCUAUAGCGUUUUUACCAGUUUGUUUAAAUUAAUUUUGACAAUUCAAAAUGUAUUUUAGGUCAAAAAGAAAAUGUCAGUGACUAUAAUUGUGUCUAAGUUCAAAUGGAAUCCAAGCAAUAAUAUACAUAGAAGGAACUCUUUGUUUUGGUGGGUGUUUUGCGUUUGUUUGCUUUGCUAUCAUUUUUUUUUUUUUUUUUAAAUAAUUUUUCUCUUUUAUCUUCUUCUUUUUUUUUUGUGGUGGGAAGGGUUUCUUGUGUUUGUGAAAGUUGUUUUCUGUAAACGAGUAAACUUGACGUUGCCGUGGCCCACGCGCCGACGUGGUUUAACUCUAACGACUAACUCUAUAAUUAUAAUCAAAUAUUUCCAGCGAAUUUCCGCCGGUGCUUAUCGCGAUCUGUUAGAGAAUCCAGUGAACUAAAUUUAAUUUGCGGACAUUUCUUGAGAAUGCGCCCGGCACUAUCUACAAUCUUUGCUUCAUUGCCGGGUCAGUUGCUAUGGAAACGGCCGUUCUCUGCCUAUAGUGGUAUUAGUAUUGAUCGCCGCUUGUUACUCGGUGCCACUAGCUUGUUUGAAAAAGUCGCUCGGUUCCAGCCCUUCACAUCGAGAAGUCGGCCAACUUUCCGCUCCUUGUCUCUCGCCGACACUGGCUGUUAUUCCUAUGUUCUGUUACGCGCGUUGUUCCGUGUGUUCUUCAGUCGUGUCUGGCAAUAUAUUUAUCUCUCGUCUAUAAAUGUUGCAUGUUUCAGUAUUGGCGCUCACGCGCAAGUCGGCGACUAACUUGUAUCGUGUGUUGAACGCCAGUGUGUGGAAUACCAAACAUACUGCCGAGUCUUUUUAUAACCCUAGACACUUGGCUGGCCGGCCGAAGCUCACGCUCUGACGAGACGUCGGCGCAUGUAGAACAGUGAUGAAUUUGUCGGAUGUGUGUGGAGCCUGGACUAACUGUUUUAUAACAUGCUGAACAUAGGGAUCCGCCGAACAAUCAACCACCGGAAACCAGCGAACACAACAUGUGGGAUGAGCGGGGCUAGGAGCUGUGCGAAAACACCGAUUAGAGGGGAAGGGGGAGAAUGCUUAAGAAGAAGGGCCUCCCCCCAGUUUCCGGCGAGGUGGUUAUUCUGACUCUGUGUUUGGUUCUCGUUCUCAUCACGCUCUCACAGAUUCUUGUCGUGCACCACAAGUUUAACGGGAGGUACACCAAGGUGGUUCGACCCCGGGGACCUCGGGCACGGCAGGAGUUGCGGCAACUCGAGCGCAGUUUAGCGAGUCUGAUGCGCCAGCAUGUGCCCAGCAUGCAGCAGCACUCGGAACAACUCCGGACCGAAGUGUUUGCGAACCGAAUCUCUCAGAUAAUCCAGCAGUCGGCCCUGGAGUCCGGAGUGAACGUGAACGCUACGCGACCUGUUUUACACAGAACUGACUACUCCGACAGACUAAACAAACCAAUAUUCCCGUCUUCCAUGCACACAGAGCACGGUGUCCACAACGCCGUCUGUGCCGUCGUGCCCAGUUCGCUGACGGGCCCCGUCCACGUGAACGUGUCUCACUCGCACGACGACAUCAGCCUGAGUUCUGUGAUCCGCGACAACAAGCAGAUCGAGUACGGCGGCAGGUGGCAGCCGUCAGUGUGCCGCGCGCGGUACCGUGUGGCGAUCGUCGUGCCGUACCGAGACCGACUGCAGCACCUCGCUACCCUCCUGUCGCACCUCUUCCCCGUCCUCAGGCGCCAACAGCUCAACUUCCGCGUCUUCGUCGUCGAGCAGGGUAUAUGCGACCAAAUUGCUAAACUAACUCUGACGACUAGUGAAAUAUACAAGCGUACUGAAAAAUUACAGAUCAUUGAAACUAAAAUCGGCACCAUCGAAAACACAUUACAUGAACUUAGUACAAGUGUCAAGUCUGCUCAUGAUCGCAUAAGUAAAGUGGAAGACAGCUGCCAGUUUAUCAGUAACACAUUCGAUGCAAUCAAUACUGAAAGAAACGAGAUCAAACAUUCCAUAGAUGAUCUUCAAAAAAAUAUGAAAAUAGCCCAGGAAGAUAUUUGUUACCUUUCUAAAAACAUAUACGACUUGCAGGAUGAAAAUGACCGACUUCACGACGAAGUGCUGUAUCUUCAAACACGGUCUAUGAGAUUCAACCCUUUGUUUUAUGGCAUACCAGACAAGGGCCAAGGUGAGGACACAGAACAAGUUUUAACAUCAUUUUUGGCGAAAGAAAUUGAUAUUGUCAAUGCUCCCAUCCAAGUCUCACACAGAUUAGGUCCAUACCGCGAAUUUCAAAGAAAACCGAAGACAAUUGUGGGACAUUUUGAAAAGAUAAGGGACAAGGAGAUAACAAAACGGGCUGCAAAGAAAUUAGCAGGCAAGCCAUAUGGUAUUGGUGACCAGUUCCCCCAAGAAAUUGCUGAGAGGAAAAAAUAA